AUAAUAACUUUCAUUCUGUUACUCCACUGUCACUUAUUUAAUUUUAAUGUGUUGUUUAAUUAAUAUUGCCCACCACAUCUCAAAGUUAAAAAUCUCAAAACUUUGGCGUUUCGUUUUGCAUCGCAAAUAAUGACAUUUGCAAAGACUGUGAUUGAUCAAUCACUUUUGACAAAUUGAAAUAUUCGCGAGCGGAACUGGAGGAAAGUCAAAACAUUACAAUUAAUUGGAAAAAAUAGUGUUUUAUUCUAAAUCGCAUGAAUGUACGAUAAAGAAAGAAUUGAGACAUUUAAGUUUAGUUAUUUAUGUGUGUUAUAAUAUGCCGGUAGGUCGAAAACGGUGGAAUCUUCAUGAUGGGCCACAAGGAUCUCUGCGGCGGCUGCGCAACCAGCUGGCCGAGGAUGGCUGCGCCGAGUCGCAGGUCGUGCUCGCUAAACAACUGCUAGAAGAGAAAUGUGAGCUUGAAGCAGAUAAAAUAUCGAACUUCAAACAAGCUUUGGAAUGGCUGAUAUGUGCUACUGAACAGGCCCAUCCAGAAGCUAGAAGAAUGUUGCGAAGGUGCAUUCGCAGCGGUGUGAUAGACGAGGACAGCGCGGCGAUUGUCCGCGCCAAGUCCUGUCUCGCCGCGAGUCGUCAGGAGACGGUCGCUAGGAAGGCGGCCAGAGACCUCUUCGCAAGCCUGUCGAACGGAGAGCAGUACAUAACGACCGCGCAGCUCGAGCGAAGGAUCCGCGAGAUCUGCAGCACCACGCUCUGCAAGCAGGACCCGGACUCCCCGGACGAGGACGACCCGGAUGAGGCUCGCGCUUUAGGUGACGAGCAAGCCCUGGAGCCGUCGCAACUACAGGCCGGGGACCAACCGCAUUCCAACGGGACCCUGCGCCCUACGCACGCGCCCGACGAUGAUUAUCCAGACGCCUGCGCACCAAACGACGAUAUCCGAAACCUAACAGUUGACAAUCUUGUCUCAGCAGCCGUCGACUACUGUCAAGGCGAACUACCCCUCGUGACAUAUGACCUCACUCUCACAGACCCCAGUGUCAAAGCCUUAGACCACAUCCCCUUGCUACACCAAGCAUUCCUACACCCUAUAGUCUUCAUUCAAGUGUUAUAUCUCAAGCUGUUAUACUACUUUGCUACAUUCUCUUUCAGGCUCUCAAAUAUUGAAUUAGCCCUUCUUCUAAUAGCAUACUUAUCGGUCAGCGCGGAUAGUCUAUACCAUCUAGUCCCUCUAGUUUUGUACUACGUCAGUUUUGUCGCAAUGGUCAUAUGCACGUUCAAAAUGAUUCAUGCAAAACGCCAGUUUGUAGACUUCAGAAAAUGGUCAGGUCUUUUUUUGAGAUAUAGCGAUGGGAAUCUUCAGCCAGAUGAAUCUGAAAAUCUGUUUGUGAAAAACAAUUUGGGGCCAUUUAUGCAGUUCUUCUUGGCGCUAUUCAUCAAUUUGUUUUUAUACCCCUUUAUUGCCACACAGUGGGUCCCGUUCUCCGAAUUUUGCGUCCUAUCUUUCUUCCUAAUGUUCCUCACCUUAUUCUCUUUUGGGACAAAUGGGAAUCCAUACCCAGAUGUACUGGCGUUAGUUUCUUUCGGCAUAAAUGUCCUGGCCAAGUACCCAUAUGAGAAAGACACAGUUGUACACCAAGGCUGGCGGUUUCUAGAUCUCCACAUAUCGAAUUAUCCGUCUUACAUCCUAGGAAAUAGCAUCGAGUUUUGUCUGAACGCGCGCGUGUUCUUUUCUCUAUUAAUACCUAUAAUUUUAGUCCUUAUGGCGAAGAGAAGUGAAUGGAAAGGAUUCUUCAAAUAUACCUUACCCCAUUGUGUGACUCUCAGUUGGUUGCAGAUGUUCAUUAUGUGUUCCCAUGGGUGCACUACGUAUGGUUUGAUAAGGGGCACACUUGCUUUGGUGUGCUCUUUUCUAUUCUUGCCUUUGAUAGGGGUGGUUACAGUGACUCUGCCUAUAUUCGCGUUCCUACAAUACAUAACGUUGUCCAGAGUUCUGUAUACGGUUUCUAUUGUGGUAGGGUUUGGACUGAGUUUGUUUGUAACCUGCUUGCUGGCCAAAUCAGAGGUGACUAAGAAGUUCGUCACGCCGUUUCAGCUUGCCGUCGGCCUCCUAACCCUAAUCUAUUUCGGCAACCAGUUCGUAGCAAACGUGCAAGAUGACGGCCUACCCUCCGGAUUAAUCGAGCUAAUUGGCGACGAGAAAGCCAGCAUCAAAAACCUCCUCAAAAACGAGUUCAUAACCGACUACGACGACAAUACUUACCACAUAAACUGGGACGAUUAUUAUACGCAGUGUAACAUGCCUUCUUGGUCGGAUUAUAACAUGGCGGAAACGCAAAUCAAGUGUUCUGUACUAGAUGGCGCUAACGUCAAUUGGGAAGGUUACAUCAAGGAGGUCAAACUCAAAACUGUCGUAAACAGAUGGAAUGACUUCGCUUCGUGGUUGCCAGCGUUUUUGAAGGAGUAUUUCAAAUGUUACUACGGCGAGGAGUAUGCGACGUUAUGCCAGAAUACGGAAGGUCCAAAUUCGGUUAAGGAGUGCGAGUUUGUGAGGAGUGUUGCAAGGCAAAGCGGGAAGAGUUGCCAUUUGAAUAAUUUGGACGAAUACACCUACGAAGUAAAACUGCUUAUGGAAGCGGGCGGCGGGAUCCUAAAACGUCGUUCCGAAAUCUCCGUCAUUUUCGACCACAUAUUCUCAAACUUCACCCGGUCCCUUCGCGUCGACGACAAAAUACGCUUCAAAGGUACCCUCUCCAACGAUCCAGGUACCUACAAUAUUGGCACUAAAGACCUAGUCAUUAAGGGUCAUGAGAUAUCGUGUAUAGAAUGCAAAGACGCCUCAGGCAGUAUAAGCUCAAAAAUGCCAGCGUCUUCAAAAUUCUCGGACUUGUUCAAAACGAUUGUCAACGACUGUGUAGUGUCGACUAAAUACAUUUUGAACUUUUUACUCAAUCCUGUAAUCGUUUUUAAGUAAGUUUUCUCGGGAUUGUCUGUUGGGCGAAAUAUCUUUUCUUCAAAUACAUGCAAAAGCAAAGUAAGACUAUUAUACUGUUCCUAAAUAGUUCGAAUAAUCAAAAAUAGUUUGAAAUGAAGAUAUUUCUUCACGUUCAACACGUAUUGAAUUGAUAAAUGUAUUGUUAGUGUUGCCGAAACAUCGAUAUUUUGAUAUCGAUAGUCAUUGCGUAUGAUUCGAUAUACAACACUGAACGAGCUCACUUUUGUCGAUUUGAUAAAAUAUGUGGUAAUAAUAAAUAAAUGUCUAUAAUAGUUGAUCUCUAAAAACGCCUAUGGUUUUAUAUUUAUCGUUUUUCAUUAAUAUGGCUAUUUACGUUUAUUAAAAAAAAAAACGUCUAAUAAUGUAUUCCAAAGCGUAUUUUUGUGGAGUGCAAUAUUUACUGUAUUAAUAUGUAUGGUGCAAUGAAAUGAAAAUAUUUUUGAACAAGUUUUUUGAAGGAUGUAUUCUCUUAUUUGAUGUUUUUAUGUAACAUUAGCAAUCAAUUAACUAAAUAAUGUAGCUUUUUCUUUCCUUCAAUACUUUGUUGUAUUACUAGCAAUUUAGCAAACUGUCGACCAAAAAUAAUUAUUGCUUUAUGAUAGAGAUUCUCUAGAUUCGUUCACUCAUUGAAAGGAGGUGGGACUAUCCAUGCUAGUACGAUGGCUACUGCGUUAGAUAUCGAUUUAUCAGCUGAGUGACAUCACUAAUUAUUUCGGCCGAAUAGAAAUGGCAUUUUCCAGACUGAUAUUUUUAUUGUGUUAUGCUUUUAUAAAAUUAAUAACCAAGUUAUUUUUAUGAUAUUUAAUGGUUACUCAUAACUUAUUAAUUCUUCACACUUGUUUGAUGCUUUGUACCAUUGUUAAAAAUAUUUAAAAGUUUAAAAGAACAAAGGCGAAAUUAUCUUGCUGCUACUUGCACAAUUUUCAUACAGUAUAACAAUCACGGUUUACUUUAAAUCAUACAUUAGAAAAGUAUUCGUUAUUGAGUGUCAGUUUAAAACGUAGAGUUUUUGAAAUUAAUUCACCCGAAUAAUAUUAUAAUAAAAAAAUAAAUACGUGUCUAAAAAGGAAGUUCUCAAUAUAAUAAAAUAAUUGUUUAUAGUUGUUAUGCUUUACUUUGGAUUCAAUUGUUUUUUUUAUAAAACCUAUGCGGGUAAUUCUGAGAUAAAUCAUAGUUUUAAUUAUGACUGCUACGUCACCAUAUUGUUAUGUUAAUAAAGUAUAAAAAAAUACAGUGUAAUUACGAAGAUUGUGUGUAAUUUAUGAUCUUUUAUGUUUGACGUUUUGUAUUAUUAUUGUAGAUGUAAUGUUGAUUGAAAUGGAUUAAGACCUGUAUUUUGAAAAGAUUAUAAUUUCAGAAUACAGGUUUGAAAAUGUGUCGUGCAAUUUGAUGAUUCGAAUAUGUAUUUGAUAUGUAAAAAUUUAUAAAAUAGACAGAAUUGUCAUUGUUAAAAAACGUUUUGUCUCUUUCGAUGCGAUUGUAGGUGACAAAACAACGUGUAAUUUUUCUUCGUUGCCCACAUUUUCUUACUGCUACUAUUCGUUGCGAUUAGUCGUUAGUGCUAUCGUUCAUAGGCGACUACUAGUUACUGCCACUGGUUGAAAAAAUCACUUUUGGCCCAGUGACUAGUGUCUACCAGUAGUGAUCCUGAUAGUAGGUAUUGAUGACAAGUCGCUACUCUUGACUAGUGACCAGUGACCUUUUGUGCGGCAACGAUUAACUUACAUUAUAAAAACAACGUUUUAAAAAGAGUAGUGGGUAUUGUGCUGUUUAUAAAUGUCUAUGUAAAAAAAUAAUCUGUGAAAUAAAUGUAAAUACGAUUGAUAAAUUACGUAAAUGACAUUAUAAUGUAUUUUUUAAAUAAUGUUAGACUUUACUCGCCUAUAGAGUAAAAGGGUAUCGUUUUAUGACAAUAGAAUAUAUGAAAUGU